AUGUCAAUGCGAAAAGUUAUUAUUAUUUGUCUGAUUUUGACCACAAUAAUUGUACCGUUGACUCAAUUAUCAUUCGGUUUUUAUUAUAUCAAAUCGAUUGAACUAUGUCCACUACAACAUGAUAUUAUGCUAUUAAUGGCUAUCGGUGGUAUUUUUGAAGCAAUAUUUUUCUCUGUUGCUUUUGGUUUUGUCUAUUCAAUUACACCAGCAAAGUAUAAAAUAGGCGAGAAAAAAGAAAAUAGUCGAAUUUCACAAUAUCUUAUUGGAGCUAUAAUGUGUAUAUUCGGAGUUGCUGCAACGAUAUUCUUUAUUCUUCUACAAAUUCGUGUAUAUGGAAAUUAUAAAAAAUUUCAAUGGAAAUUUCCUACACAAUCAAAUUAUUGUUUAUCCAUAAUUUUCUAUAGUGCUUUAGGAUCAAUCAUUGGUUCUUAUGUUGCUAUUAUAUUGUUUUCUACCGUUACAAUGAUCUUUUUAUUCGGCAUUGGAGUAUAA